AUGGCGACGGUCUUUGCGUCCUCAGCGGUUCUAGGGCCAGCUGCCGCAAUCCCCGGCGGUUUGUCGUCAACUAAUACGGGCAACUGCCCAUUGCCGUACUCGUCGACUUGCAACGACUCCAAGCCUAUUGGAAUGUGCUCUAGCGAUAUGGAGGUCAUCGGUAACGUACCAGAGGCUGUUCAUGAGGGACUCUUGCCUCCUACAGGGAUCGGGUUAGACCCCGAUCAUAACAUCUUCUUCACUUACGCCAGGAACAUGGAGAAGCAGAGGUAUUCCUUAACAAAGGCAGUAUCGUUCACUGAAGAGAUUCCAUGGCCUUCUGAGGAGUGGCAGGAUUGUUCAGAUGGCCAGAAUGCCUCUACCUGUUUUGUGAAUGUGCAAAAUGUCGUGCUUGACUCCGUUGGUGGCUGGUGGGUGCUCGACUCUGGUAUCCCCAGCGGCGCGUCAAUGCCAGUACCCGACGGUCCGAAGCUGAUCAAUUUCAACUACGCCACCGGUGAAGUCGUCCGCACAUACAUCUAUCCGCAGGGACAGUGGUUUGCCAAGCUGCAGCUGAACGACGUCAGAGUUAACAACACCCUUGGGGCCAGCGGCUAUGCUUUCAUUACGGAGGACUCCCAGUACGGGUCCAUCACCACUCUGGACUUGGAUACGGGCGAGUUCACCCGCCACCUUUACAAUACAACCUUUACCAGACCUGAUGAGAGGUUUACCUCCAUGUACAACGGGGAGCCAAUCCGCAACUGGAACGGUACCAGGCCAUUUUACAUGACAUCCGGGACAAACGGCAUCGCCCUAGCUUCUGGAAAUGUCUACUGGGGGGUCAAGUCUUCCCACCGUUGGUACUUUGUCUCCCAGGAAGCGUUGCUUGGCGGGCUGACUGAUGAGGAGCUGGCCACGGAGGUCCAAGUUCCUGGCAAUAUUCCUUCGGAGCAGGCAGGCUUCACGGCCGACGACAGAGGUCGCAUAUACCUUAUGGCUUCCGAGCAUAACGCUAUCCUAUAUGUGGAUACCCUCGAAUCUGAGGUCACAGAGCCCACACCGAUCGCCCCUGGCGGUUCCGGAGUCGUGACUGCCGAGAACCUUGUCCACAGGACUCUGAUACGCAGUGGCCUGAUCCAGGCCGCCGACACGGCCUGCAUCUUGGACGGUUGGCUGUAUUUCGACACUAACCAGCAGGGCUUGGCCCCCAUGAGGCAGUAUAAUAACAGAGACCGGCGGCGCGGCCCUUUUAGGAGCUAUCGGUACUGGAUUGGCAGAGGUCCCGCCGUGUAA